AUGAAAAUGUGGAUGAGUGUGGAGCCCGAUGAAUCCAUGCUUCCGAUGAAUUACUCCAUCAUCACUUUUGAGGAUGAAAAAACAAAAGAAGAAGGCCAAAAGUUUCAAGAUCUCCACUUUUGCUCUAGAAACGCAAGCGAAUUGGAAGAAUACACUUUGCUCAUGAAAGCAGUGAAUCUCGCCGCAGAAAUGAAUUUAAAUGAAACUGAAGUGGCAAUUUUUGCCUACACAACUGACCUCGUUGAUUCCGAAAAAAUCACGAGCGUGACUGAAAAACUGGCGUCAAAUUUCGAGGGGCGGAGGAAAAUGAUUUGCUUCAAAACAAAAACACAAGAUUCAAACCAAAUUUAUGGCUGUGGAGAAAAUCCGGUUUUCGCGCUGAGGGGAGAUGUUAUCAAGAUGUAUUCGAGGGAGAUGGAAAAUGUCAAGCCAUACAUGAGAAGCAUUCAAGAGCGGCGAAUAGGUUGGUUGACUGGAAUCGUCCGUCAUCGCGCUAAUAUUGAAGGAUUGAGCUUGGAUAAAGACUGUUACAAUCUUAUUCAACUCCCGUUUGAGUUGAAAGCGUUCAAAGAUUUCUACGAGGAUAACUACGACUGGGGAAUGGAUCGAAAGCCUCCGAAGCUAAUGGACUACGACCUGCCUGAUAUUUACCGAGAAGAAGCGCAAUGGACGAUAGAAAUUGAAGUUGCGCCAUCUUGCGAUGCAUCUUCUUAUUUAUAUCUCGUCAAAAGUUCAAGGACGAAUACUGAUCGUCGAAAUUUUCUCCGAGCGUUUCAAGAAUUCGACAAAAACUCCACGAAAAUUCCAAUUGAUCAUCUUCCUCAAAUGCGCUUUCUGAUUGGAAAAGGCAAAUCUUCGGCAGAUCCAUCAAUUGAAGCAUCCAUUCAAGAAGAAAUCGAAAAUCACAACGACUUGGUUCUUGGAAACUUCAUCGAUGAAUACGACAAUCUUCCUCAGAAAACGAUGACUGGGUAUACUUAUUUUGCAGAAUAUUGCAAAAAGGGAGGACACGUAAAUUUUAUCGACGAUGAUGUCCUGCUAGAUGUCGAGCAGCUCGAUAGUUAUUACAAUUUGCCUGAGGCGAGUGAUCUCACUUGCUUUGGAUUUCUUGGCGAAAAUGCCCGACCACAUCGAUGGGGAAAAUACAACGUCACUUUUGAACAAUGGGCGAGUGGUCAUUUCUUUCCAUCAUUUUGCUCUGGCCCUUGCGCAGGAAUGACUGCCGAAGUUGGCGAGAAGAUUUAUCAAGAAGCUUCGACAUUGGAUGCGAAGGGAUUCAAGCUUGAAGAUGUUUUAUUCACCGUGACGGGCGUGAUUCGGACCAAAGCAGGCAUUGCAGAGCCUUCAUUACAAGAGGAUAUCUGCAAACACUUCCCCCAAAAGACGAAAAAAGAAAUGGAAAGAUCCAUGUGGCAACACAUCCAAUACCUGUCUUUUCAGCGCAAUUACAUGUAA